UUUUUCGGUCAUUGAUUAUUUCGUCUGUGUGAUGGCUGCGAGGUCACAACAGCUACAGUGGGCUGCUGUUUCAUUGAGAACGAAGUUAGGUAUAGCUGGUUAAAUACCAAGGAAUCAUGUCGACUGCAAUGAAUUUUAGUUCUAAAUCAUUUAAGCCUCGUCCUCCAGACAAAGGAUCUUUUCCUUUAGAUCACUUCGGAGAGUGUAAACCUUUCAAAGAGAUAUUCAUGAAGUGCUUGAGAGAGAAUGGGUAUGAUAACUCCUUAUGCCGGCUACAGUCCAAAGAGUACCUGGAAUGCAGGAUGGAAAGACAGCUAAUGGCCAAGGAGCCGAUGGAGAAAUUGGGGUACAAGGAUCUGGUGGACACGGCCCCCCAGACGUCAGAAGAAGCCAAACCUUGAGGAAGAGCUCUUAACAUUACCGCUAACAUUCAGCAACGGCGCUCUACAAUAGGCGUUUGCAUUCAUCUGUGAAAUGCCCGGAGAAUGUUGCGUUUUUGUCAUUACGCGACCAACUUGUGUAUAGUGUAAAUUAAUAUUGUGUUUAUAAAUAUUUUCUAAACCAAUCUCCGUAAAAUUCAGUCUGCCAUCAAUUAUGGGUGUCAUGAACAGUGUGCGUGUGUGUGUGUGCACGUGUGAGAGAGAGGGGGGUCGCUUUUAAAACCCUUUUUAUUGGGACACUGUUUGAAAACAAAUUACAGAACUUAAAAUCAGCAACAACAAAACAAACAAAAAAAAAACAAGGAGUGAACAUACCUUGCAGUUCUUCUUUUUUUUAAACUAGAUUUUGAAGAUUAAGUUCCAAAUCUUGGGGAAAACCAGCAAACCAAAGACUUUAGUUAGACGCAUCCCACAGCAAGAAAGCACCUUGCUUGUUUCACAGACCAAGAUAACCCCGCUUCUUUUUUGUAUUUUCAUAGACCCCUGGAUCCAAAGAAAAUGUGAUGCGAAAGUGUACAUAUUCAGUGACCUGUAAUGUAAAUACUGCACAUUUGACUCUAUCCCUGAGAAACGGUUUACCCAUUGAGUCUGAAUAACUUUCGCCUGUCCAUCACUCAACUGACACCCCAUGAAUAAAUUCAGGUUCUCUCUUGCCAAAGGUGACCGAUGACAAUGAGGAAAUAUUUAGGCGAAUGAUGCUUAUGGAGAAAGUGUGAAUAAAAAAGGGAAAUUAAAUGAA